AUGAAAGAAGACAACCAGUCCUGUCUGACAGAGUUUGUCCUGCAGGGCUUCUCAGAUUUCAAGACUAUGCAAGAACUUCUCUUUUGCCUGGUUCUAAUAUUCUACUUCAUGACCUUGAUGGGCAACAGCCUGAUUUUGAUCCUCACCAGUCUCAGUCCUACCCUCCAUACCCCAAUGUACUUCUUCCUCUGGAACUUGUCCUUUCUGGAAAUUGGUUACACCUCGACCAUCAGCCCAAAGAUGCUUGUGAAUUUGUUAUCAGAGAAACAGACUAUAUCCUUUUGGGGCUGUGGAUGUCAAAUGUGUUUCUUCAUUCUCUUUGGUCUCACUGAGUGUUGUCUUCUUUGUGCUAUGGCAUAUGACCGCUAUGUUGCCAUUUGCAAACCCUUGCAAUACCCCUACAUCAUGAACUACAAGGAGUGUGCUAAGCUUGCUGUGGCCUCAUGGGCCAUUGGGGUUUUUGUGAGUUUGGGGCAAUCUACUUCCAUCUUCACCCUUCCCUUUUGUGGGUCAAAUCGAAUCAGCCACUUCUUCUGUGAUAUUAAGCAUGUUCUGAGACUGGCUUCUACCAACACUUACAAAGAUGAAUUGGCCAUUUCCAUACUAGCAGUUCUAAUUAUCCUGGUACCCCUUUUGCUCAUCCUUUUUUCCUACAUCCUCAUCAUCUCCUCUAUUCUCAGGAUGCCAGUGGCCAAGAACAGGAGCAAAGCAUUUUCCACUUGUUCCUCACAUCUCACGGUUGUCUUCAUUUUCUAUGGAACCGCAAUUGUUACCUACAUUCGUCCCAGCUCAGCACAUUCAAUGGACAGUAGCAGAUUUCUCGCCCUGCUCUACACAGUAGUGACCCCAAGCUUGAACCCCAUCAUUUACAGCUUGAGGAAUAAAGAGAUAAAAGCUGCUUUCAUGAAAUCUGUAGCAAGGAAACAGGUCUUCAUGGAGUAA